UUCCGCCUAGAAUCGAUAGCAGAGCGGAGGCUGUCGCUGAUGCAACACUGACCGGUCCGUUCAGCCGGUUUCUCUCACCCAGGACUCUUUGAAAGGAGACGGUUUUGAGUCGGAGUACCCAGCGCCAUGGCAGAUCAGCUGAGUCCAGAUGAGAAAUUUAACCUCAUCACCAGGAACCUCCAGGAGGUCCUUGGAGAGGAGAAGGUGAAGCAGGUCCUUCAGGAGAGAGCGCUCAGGGUUUACUGGGGCACAGCAACCACUGGCAAACCCCACGUAGCUUACUUUGUCCCCAUGUCUAAGAUAGCAGACUUCCUCAAAGCUGGAUGUGAGGUCACUGUUCUGUUUGCAAACUUGCAUGCUUACCUAGACAACAUGAAAGCUCCCUGGGAGCUGCUGGAGCUCAGGGUCAAAUACUAUGAGCAGGUUAUCAAGGCCAUGCUGGAGAGCAUCAGUGUGCCUCUGGAUAAACUCAAGUUUGUCAAAGGAACUGACUUCCAGCUCAACAGGGAGUACACUAUGGAUGUGUACCGCCUGUCCUCCAUGGUGACAGAGCACGAUGCUAAGAAGGCUGGAGCUGAGGUGGUGAAACAGGUGGAGCAUCCUCUCCUGAGUGGUCUGCUGUACCCCGGCCUACAGGCUCUGGAUGAGGAGUAUUUGAAAGUGGAUGCUCAGUUUGGAGGUGUUGACCAGAGGAAGAUUUUCACUCUGGCAGAGAAGUACCUGCCCUCUCUCGGCUACGCUAAACGUGCCCACCUGAUGAACCCGAUGGUGCCGGGGCUGACGGGGGCUAAGAUGAGCUCUUCAGAAGAGGAAUCGAAAAUCGAUCUCCUGGACUCCAAAGAGGAUGUAAAGAAGAAGCUGAAGAAGGCUUUCUGUGAGCCGGGCAACAUCCAGAACAAUGGAGUUCUCUCUUUUGUCAAAUAUGUCCUCUUCCCUCUACGAGGAGUGUUCUCCAUCAAGAGAGAUGCAAAGUGGGGCGGAGACAAAGUUUACAGUGUGUUUGAGGAAGUGGAGAAGGACUUCGUUGCAGAGAUGAUCCACCCUGGAGACCUGAAGGCCUCUGUGGAGGAUGCACUAAAUGAGCUACUGGAGCCAAUUAGAAAGAAGUUCGAGUCUCCUGAGCUCCGUAAACUUACCAGCAACGCCUAUCCUGAUCCCUCCAAGACAAAAGCAGGAGGGAAGGGCGUUAAGGCCGGAGGAGAUGGUGGUGGAGGAGAGGACGAUGAGCUGGCUCCAUCCAGACUGGACAUCAGAGUGGGAAAGAUCCUCAGUGUGGAGAAGCAUCCAGACGCUGAGUCUCUGUACCUGGAGAAGAUCGAUGUAGGAGAGCCUGAGCCGAGGACGGUAGUCAGUGGGCUGGUGGCCUACAUUUCACAGGAGGACCUGCAGGACAGACUGGUGUUGGUGCUGUGCAAUCUGAAACCCCAGAAGAUGCGUGGGAUCGAGUCUCAAGCCAUGCUGCUGUGUGCCUCUAUUGAGGGCGAGCCCAGAAAGGUGGAGCCUCUGGAUCCUCCAGAAGGUUCGUUGCCAGGGGACAGGGUCUUUGUGGAAGGGUAUGAGUCAGGCAAGCCAGAUGAUAGACUUAACCCAAAGAAGAAGGUGUGGGAGAAACUCCAGGUUGACCUAAAGAUAUCAGACGAGUGUGUAGCUCAGUGGAAAGACAAGCAGCUGAUGACCAAACUGGGGCAGAUCACAUGUAAGACGCUCAAAGGAGGGAACAUCAGUUAAACACGCAAACGCUGAAGCUGCUCCUGCUCGCCACAGCAACAGUACUUCCAUCGAGUCGCCAUGGCAGCAGCAUCGAGCUUCAUCUGGAUGUUUCCUGAAGAGUGACGGCACAUGAUGCCUUGUGUCUUACAUGUUUUAAACUCUCUUAGACAAAUUCUGAAAACCUGAUUCAUUACUUUUCCUUUCUUUGAAGUUGUUUAGUGUUACUAGUACACAUAUGGGGGAAGAAAGGGCCUUUUCAGUUAAAGGACUCUGGUCUUUAUAGCUUAUUCGUGGAAGUAGCCAAUGAAAAAUAUCUCGGGUUUCCUAAAAGGGACUGAACGUUUCCUUAGUUACCUGUUUUACUGUUUGCCUUCAUGGUAAACUUGAACAUCAGGACUGUGGCCAAUCUGCCAAAUCUGCUUACUAAGCAUAGUUUUAUGGGUUCCCAACAUCCUAUGUAUCUAAAAAUCAAUAUGCCUUGUACUAUAUGACGGUUGUAUUUUGACUAAUGUUGCACAGAAAUCCAGAUCUGAACAUUAGUUGUUAUAAUCAAACCAUGCAUCAUCAUCUCUAAUGUGUAAUAAACACUGGUUGAAGUCUGA